UUAUUGGCGAAAAUUUAAAUUUUUUUCGCAAUCGAAAAUUUUAAUUGGACUGCUUUUAUAAGCAUAUCACAAAUCAGUGUAAAAAAUAAUUUUGUGCAAUUGGCGCAAAAUGCUUUUAUUUUAAUUAAAAACAACUCAAACGCAGCAGAAAAGUAAUGCGAAACUUGUUUACUUUUGCUUGCACCAAUGCUGCACCGGCAGCUUCCACCAGUGCAACGCCACUUCGAUAAAGCAGCCAAUAAAUUAUUUUUAAGCUAUUUGGCAUUUAAGUGGAUUUGAAUUUUUUAUGCGCAAUAGCAAUAACCACAACUAAUGUAUUUACAAAAACAAAAAAAGAAACAAGAAAAUCAAAAUUUGUAAAAUCUUGAAAAAAAUAAAAAAAGAAAUUAAAAUUUUAAAUGUAGAAAAAUAAACUCAAGUUGCAGAAAAACGCAAAAAAUAUAUUUAACAACACCAACAACAAUUAAGUGGUUGUGAAUUACAAUUUUCACCGGCAGCGCAAAGGUGAUCGUUCAUCGCAGUUGAACGUUUUGUGCUUUGCUUCACUAUACUUUGUUGUUGUUGUCAUAAAAAACAAAAAUAACGACAACAACGAUUUAUGUACGUACAUAUUUAAUGAGAUAUUUAAGUGAGAACAAACUAUAUAUUAAGUAUACGCCCGGCUGAGAACAGACACAUCUGCUUUCGCGACGCAUUUUUGUCAAACAAGCAAGUGCAAUAAUAAAAACCAGUUAUAAAAAAUACAACAAUUAUAAAAAGAAAGCAAAAACGAUACAAAUAUAAAACAAACAAAAAAUUGUUAACGAAAACAAUAACAACACAUAAUAAUAAUAAUAGUAGAUAAUAUAACUAAUACAAAUAACCGUUAUGGCGAACACCAGCGUUCUAUCUUUGAUCUCACUCGAUAGCGGGGCGGCGGCGGCGACGACGGCCGAUGAUUUCGCUUGGAAUGUCAGCUCGACUGCAGUACCGAGCAUUGUGGCUCAACCGUUGGCGCUCUAUCACAAUCGGCGCCGCUUCUUGUUCAGCGGCAUUGUGCUGCUGCUCGGCGUUAUUGGCAAUUUAUUGGCGCUGAUCAUUUUGGCGCGCAAAAAAGCGACAAAAAAUAGCAAAUACACACUUAUGCUGCGCUGCUUAGCGUCAAACAAUCUAAUCGGCCUACUCGGCAUGUUAACGACGAUGCUGCUGAAAAUUUAUGUGCCAGAGGAAGAGUUCAAAGCCUACGUGCGUUGGGAUUGCACGUUGAAAGUGUUGUGUCGUUUCUUCGGCCUCAGUUCCGGUUGCAUAGCGGCGGUCAUGGCCAUUGAACGUUGGAUGGCGUUGGCGAGACCCUUCAUCUAUCAUAAGCAUAUCACAUAUGAACUUGUGCGCAAAACUAUCAAUUCGCUUGUGCUCAUCGCGGUUGUUAUCACAUUCCUACCUUUUAUCGGUUUUGGCGCCUACAUUGACGAGAGUGACCCAGAAAAUCCGAAAUGUUUGCGUUAUCGCGAUGCCGAAGGCUUUUGGAAUAAAACAUAUUCGGUGUUGUUUAUGCUUUUCGGUUCACUUUUGUGCGUCGUCAUUGUUGCUUGCAAUCUGUUCGUGACACGCGUGCUCUGCUUCAUCGGACGUACACGCACCACCAAGCGACACAUGCACUACGAUAUGGUAAAUCGCGAAAAGGGCAGCGUAAGUCGCAUUGAGGGCGAACCGAGCAGCGGCUCCUCGCUGUAUCAUCACAGCAACAGUGUCACAAUGACGGCAGACGCCUCCCCCGAUGAGAUUAAAUUCGCCAAACUGAUGGCAUACCUGAGCAUCUCCUUCGUCAUCUGUUGGAUGCCGCAAAUGAUCGCUAUACCGAUGGCCAUUUUACCGAACCGAGUGCCAAAGGCGCAUCCCUUCUUCAUAUUGGCCGACGUGUUGAUGGCGCUGCACUUCACUUCGGAUCCAUACAUUUAUGUGCUCAGCCGGACGAAGCACUCCUACAUUUUGGGCUGUUUCAAGCGCUGUCGCUGCGAACUGCGACGCUCGCAUAGUGAUCAGAGCCGGCUGCGCACCACCAUCGAGCAGAAUACGUCGGAUUGUGGACUGAACUGAGGUUCGUGUUGUGACGCACGAGCGCCGGCGCGUACAAGUAUUUUGUAUUUCUAGAUAUAUGUACAUACAUACAUAUGUAUGUAUGUAUAUAUUUAAUAUAUUUUUUUACUCUACUUUUUUUAAUGGAAAGUGAAAGUGUAUGUAGAGAGUUGGUUAGAAAGUAACGGUGAAAAUGCUUGUAAUGGCUGCUGAUUGACAAAUGGUUGAUGAACUGGUGUGAAUGCUGAACGAACAAAACCAAAUAAUUAUACAUACAAUUACAAUACAUAAUAAUAUAUGUACAUAGUCCUUAAAGACAUGUCAAAGUAUUUUAUCAUAAAAUUGUACUUAAAAAGGAGUAUUUUGAAAAUCCAAAAAAUUUAUAAAUUUAUUCGUUUUUGUAAUAAUUGCUUUGGCGUGCUUAAAAACUUAGUUGUAUAGAAAACUGCACAAACAUUUUACAAAGUGAUAAUUUUUCGCCAACGUUUAACUGCACGCGAAUAUAUAAUUAGGAAUAUAUACUAGAAGUAUGUCUGUCCAUAAAUACUUUUGUUUAUACGACAUUUCACUAGUACAUAUUACACACAUCUAAAUAUAAAUUAGUUUGUAAGUUAAAAAGUAAAUAAAUUCGAAAUUCUGUACUUAUGAAGUAUGAAAUAAUA